UGACGUAAACCAGGUAAGAUAAAGCGUGGCUGAGCUUUGAAGCGUAUGUGCAACAUUAUAGAACAUUUUACCAUAUAUGUCAAGAAUACUACCUAGGUGUGUAACUUAUACAUUGUCGUGUAACUACCUACGCAAACUAUAUAUAGCACGGCCAUGAUUUUGUUUUGUUUUGUUUUGUUUUUUGCUUUCACUUCGUACAACUUGGUCAAAUAAAUAAACAAAUGGAUAAACAGUAUGAUUACUCUCGGCAUAAAUUUUGUAUUAGUUUGGUUUUCGACUAUAACACCCUCACGUCUAAAACAAAUGAUACUGAUGGUUACUUUGCAUCCAGCCAAGAUGCAAGAUACAGGGAAAAAACCCAAGUCCCUUCAUUUUUAUAUAACACUAUCAGCAAAACCGUGAUAGCCAGAGAUGGCUCAUAUGAUCAGCUGAUAUGUGAAACCAAGGAAGCACAAGAAAAUUUAUUUUAUGUACAUAACGUUUUCGCCGAACUUUACAAUAAUUAUUUAAGAUUACAGGAAAAGCCUUCUGAAAAAAAUGCGUUUGAUGAUCUUGUUCAGCAAGAGGCAAUAGAUCUCUUAAAACUGCAAGUAAAUUAUUGGAUAAAAGAGCUAGAUUGUUCGACAACAGAGUUCUGUUAUGCAUUUAGUAUACCUUCACAUUGGAGUGAUAAUACUAGAGAAGAGUUAAUCCAGCCACUUUUCUUAAAGUCUGGUUUAAUUAACAAAGAUGAUGUUGGAGGAAGAUUGAUUUUUUUCACCGAGUUAGAGUUAACAUUCAGAUACCUGCAGUCUGAAGAUCAUUACAGGCGCAGUGUAGAAAUGAACCAAGGUCAUCAGUAUGUCAUAAUGUCUUUAGAAUUCCAGCAAGAAUUACAUGUCGACCUACAGUUGGUAUCAGCACAGUAUCCAGGCUUAAAAACAGUGGACAGCAGAUAUAUUCCUCAACUAUUGAAGAAUUUUCGUUUUACGAUUCCUUUUGGGUUUCAAAACGUCAAGUCGUCACUUACAGCAUGUCUUGAAAAGCUUUGUGAUCCCAUAUUAACGCUCGAAAUCAUUGACCAGAUGCUUGAAACUAUAAAUGAACAAUUUGAAAGAAUGAUAGAGAGGUAUGAUCAUUCAUUCGAGUCCGUCUUAUCACUUCAGCCGUUUGAAAAUUUUGAAUAUGUUUAUGAUCCGCAAUACAGUAAAAAUAAAUUCAAUUUCGACAUUGUUAGAUCAUUGACUCUGGAAGACAUUUUGGAAGGCUGGUUUCAUUCCGUUGAGAAAACAUUCAUGAAUGGAAUGUACACUUUGCUUCUGGGUACAGACAAUGUCAAAGCUAGAUCUUUAAUAAUUUCUUGCGCGGAGUGUAUUCAAAAAAAUAGGGGUUCAGUAGCUGUACUUAAAUUAGUUGAAAAAUGGGCGAAAGCAAGUAGCGAAGAGCAAGAUAGCUCAUACGAAUUAAACGCGAAUAACGAAUGCUACAGUUAUUGUUUUUCGGUACAAGAGAAACUGGAUACGUUUUCUGCACUUGUAAAAAACCAAAUGGAAGAGUACAACAGGAGCAGAGACCCAAUCAUAUUGCCUAGAGACUUGACAACCGAACAAUCAGGAAGCUCUUCAAAACCUGUCUAUUUUUUUAAUAUAGACUUGCUGGCGACACGAAAUAAAGUAACACUCACGUACAUGAACGAGAAAAAUAAGGUCAAACAGACUAACGCAAUUGACUGUGACAUAAAACCCUUGGAUACAUUUUUCAAGCAAUCAGAAUCCUAUCAAAGACCGCAUCUUCAUAUCAGCAAUAGGUAACAAUAAGCAAGAGAAAGUGGUUCAAACUAUUGACUUUGUUUAUGUAUAGACUCAAGAUACAAUUAGAGAAAAUGUUCGCUGAGUAUCUUAUAAUUUACUCGAAGCUCAACCGAGAAAAGACCUCGUCCCGACUAACUCAGCCUGAAAUUAAAACUACUUCUGGCAGUUGCUUUGGGAUAAAAACUAGCAAAAAUUGGCCAAAGGAAAUCAGAAAUUUCUUUGCCUCCUCAAGCCCACGCCUUCUCGAGCAAGUUAUGCAAAACGUCAAAAUGGAUAAUCUUUUUAUGAAGAACAAUAGCUCCCGUAGUGAUAAAACAGAUGUAGUGAUUACCUCUGAUCCUGGCUACAUUCUCUUUUUUAUCUUAGCAUACCUGCACAGUUUAAACAUAUUGCUGAACAAAGAACUAAAUGUAAA